GUGGUUGUCUUAAUUACUGAAACACAGUGCAAAAAUUAUACUGAAGCUCUAAUACACAUAGCACACAAUAAAUUAAUUACAAGGAGGAUUAUUGCUAAAAGGGAAAUUAAGUGUAACCCGGAUGAAUACAGUUCAGGUGCUCAGUGUUGCAAGAAAUGUGAACGUGGUUUUGUUAAAACCACUGACUGCCCAACAGAUACUAGCAAACACUGUGUUUCAUGUGAAAAUGGAAAGGAGUACAUAGAUCACGUCAAUGAUGUGGAUAAAUGUUUGAGAUGCUCUUCCUGUGACAGCAUAUUUGGUUUGGAAGUUGCAAAGAACUGUACCCCAGAACAAAACACAGAAUGCACCUGUGCAAAGAACCACUUUAGCAAUUCUUCUGCGCCGUACACGCAUUGCGAUCGAUGCACCCUAUGUGAAAGUGGUAUAACUGAAAAAGAAUGUACUUCAACUUCAGACACUGUGUGUGGAGAGCAAGGAAAAGGAGUGCUACCGUGGACCGCUGCUUUGAUAACUGUGUUAGUGUUGGUAGUAGUAGCAGCACUAGCUGGAGUAAUAUUCUGGUGCAAGAGAAAACAGAAGGGUCUUACUAGCAAGAGGAUCCUAGGUGGAGCACUCCGCAAAACAGAGCCACCUUACGAGAACGUACCUCUCAUAUACACAGAUGUUGACCUGAGCAGCCACAUUCCUGGUAUUGUGGAGGAGAUGACACUCCCAGAUGUCAAGACAUUUGUUCGUAAUCACAAAGUACCAGAACCUGUCAUAGAUCAAACUCUUCGGGACUAUGUUAGUGAUACAUCUGAACAGAAGAUUAAGCUGUUUCAAGUCUGGUAUCAAAGACAUGGGAUGAAAGGAGCCUAUGGAACCCUAAUAAGCAGUCUGAGAGAGUUUAAAAUGUGUACUGCGGCUGAUAAAAUUGAGCAAAAGCUGAAGGCAGCUGUUUCCAGCUCUCAGGAAGGGGGACAGUCUUAUGAUGAUGACACUGAACAAAGCAAAAUGUGCACUCAGGAAGGUAGAAAUUCUUACAACAAUAGUGCUGAGCUAAGUAAAACCUACUCUGUUAGUUUGGAAGAGACAUAG